AUGGAUCAACUUGCGAAUGAAAAUGCCUGGGCAAGCAUAUCGGCGAUUGCGGAGGUAUCAAUUGAAGACUGCAAACUUGCCUGGAAAAACGCCAGAGAGCGUUACGUAAAGGAGAGACGCCUUAGUACGAAAAUUCCUUCAGGAUCUGCUCCCUAUAUUGUGAAAUGGCCAUUUUAUUCCCUCUGUAACUUCCUAGACAAUGCAAUAAAGCAAAGAAAGUCGAAAUGUGAAAAUAUACCUACUCGCUCUCAUGCUAGCUUUGGCUUAAAAUUUGAAAAAUGUUUUAGGACGAUCGGAAACAUCAAAAAGGUAUCAGAGACAGUCGAAGAAUGGCAGGAAAUGAUUAUCGACGAAGAUGGUAAUGUCCUCCCAGCUGAAGAAGAUAAUAUAGAUAAUUAUCAGCUAGAGUCCGAUCAAGAGUUGAUCAAUAUCUCAGAACAGGAUGCACAGCCUUCAACAUCAAAAGAGUUGCCAACUACUUUGGGUGUGAAAAGAAAUCAACAGAGUCAACAACAACAAACAAUAAAAAAAUUAAGAAUUGAAAGAAACGACCACCAAAAAAAGACUAAAAAUAAAGAGAAUGCAAUUCAGUCUCUAGUAGAAAAUAAUGUAAUGGUCGGGGAAAGCAUCCAUGGACUAGUUAAAAUGUUGAAUGACGAAAAAUCAUCUGAGGUCUCGGAAGAAGACAUGUAUUUUGGCAAAUCAAUAUAG